GGCUGCCAUUUCUUUUCUUGAAACACCAUUUGGUACUUUUUAAUAAUCAAAACGACUUUGCGUUGUUUUGAUUCCAGUUUCAAGCAAUACUCUCGGAGGAAAACCCAGAAACAUCACUUCCAAUGUCUUCCGUGCCUUUGCAGUUGUCCGGAUUUCUCAAUGGAAACACCAUUGAAGUUGAGGGUGACACUGGGAAUUUGCUGUUCUCUUUCAAAUUCAAUAUCCUGCAUAACAAAUACUCGCCCCAUAAUCAAACUCACUCCCACUUUCUGAGUUUGAAUUCCAUGGAGAAUGACAUGUCUUGCCGGAAUUCAAGUUCCUCUUCCUAUCAAACUCCCAAAAGAGGACAACAAAUAGAAAAUCAGACUCUAGAGAAUGAGAACCAUGGGGUUGAAAUUGAAAAUAACGUAGAGUCAGAGACAAGUAAGAGAGGGAGUAUAAUGACAAGGCUAAGGAGUGGGGCGAUACCUCAGGUGAAGUACAAUUUCCCUCGGAUUUCUGGGGAGAAACCUAGUAGGACAAUGAAAGAGAAGAGGAAAAAGAAGGAAAGGGCAGACAUUGUGCUCGACAAAUUGCUUCAAAGGCGUACUUGUCCUGUUAAGCCAUGCAAUUCCUAUGUAUUCUUUGUAAUGGCCAGUUGGGAUUCGGUUCAAUCUUCUUCUUUUGGUGACGCAAGCAAAAGACUAAGCCAGAUAUGGUGCAAACUUCCCCCUAAGCAGAAGAAGAUAUACGAGGACAUAGCUCUAAAAGAUAGCGCCAGGUAUAAGAGGCAGUGCAUGCUUUUGAAUUGCAAUGACCAGGACGUGCUCAAGGCAUAAAUCCCACAAGACAAGGACACAGUACCAAACAUGCUAUUUGAGAUGAGUAGUUGUAUUGAUUUCUGACAUUUUUAUGUAUGGGAAGACAUUUAAAUUCACUUUGAUUUUAAUAUAAAUAUUUUAGAUAUUUAAAUUUA